CACACCAGGAAUGUGGGAUCUCUGACAGUCAGUGUGCUAUAAAUGACAAUGCUGGAGUAGGAGAGCAGCCCUCCCCCUUUGCCAUGUCCACUGAGAUGAUAACCUCGGAGCAAGUUCAGCCACGGGAGGGCCCGGAAGACAGGCAGGACAAGCUAGACUCUCGCUGCAACCACUUGGGUGAUCUCUCAGACCAAUUCAUUGAGGACUGUGAUCUCAAAAGGAAGCCAAGAAAGGGGAAAAAUGCCCAGGCCACCCUGAAUGUGGACUCUGACCAGAAGAAGCCCCGGAGGAAGGACACGCCUGCACUGCACAUCCCUCCCUUCAUACCAGGGGUGAUUUCAGAACAUCUAAUUAGAAGAUAUGAUGUUCAAGAAAGACAUCCAAAAAGCAAACCCAGCCCAGCUCUUCAUAAUGCUGAUGCUGAACAGAAGAAGCCAAGAAGAAAAGACACACCUGCCCUGCACAUGUCCCCCUUGACAGCAGGUGUGACUCUGCUCAGGGGGGAGAGACCUCGAGUGAUUGUGGAAGAUGAUGAAAAGGAUGGGAACAAGAUGGCUAUUUAAAGACAUCUCUCCUGAGAUCAUGUGUAAAUAGGUUAGCUUGCUUGCCUGGGUGACCUAGAGAAAAAAAAUAGACCACUUAUGCCCUCAUUUUGUCCUAGUCAGAUCAAGACCUAGAACCCCCUCCCAGGAGAUGCACUGCCACACAUUGCUGGCCACCAGCCACUGUUCUGACUCUUACUUCUUCCUUGAGUCUGCUUUAGAGAAACUUCAGGAGUUUUCACAUUUCAGUUGAAUGGGAACAAAUCAUUCCAGAUCAGAAGUUAACAGGGAGGGCUCUAGUGGUCAUCUGAACCAAUUUGUGGAGCAACAAA